AUGGAUCCAGCCUUCAUGAGUCGCUGUGUUGUUCGAGGCGCCAGAAAGGUGCCUGCGGUGAGGUACUACAGCAUCGUCCAUGAUGUGCCUCGAGGCGGUCCUGGCCUGGCUCAGUCCUCCCCCCCACCGCCGCCGCAGUCGCGCUCUGUCUUCGACCAAGCAGUCAACGCAACCGGCCCUCGCAACAACUGGACCAAGGAAGAGAUCUCCCAAAUACAUCAGACUCCUCUGAUGGAACUUGCCUUUGCUGCUGGCACCGUCCACCGCAGAUUCCAUAAGCCUUCGGCUGUACAAUUGUGCACAUUGAUGAACAUCAAGACAGGCGGGUGCACCGAAGAUUGCUCCUACUGCGCUCAGUCAUCUCGGUACAAGACCAAUCUACAAGCCACCAAGCUUUCUACAGUCGACUCGGUGAUCGAGGCAGCAAAGAUCGCAAAGGCUAAUGGGUCCAACCGCUUCUGCAUGGGAGCCGCUUGGCGAGACAUGCGUGGUCGGACAAGAGGUAUGAAGAACAUUGUCGACAUGGUUAAAGGAGUCAGAUCGCUGGGCAUGGAAGCCUGUGUCACCCUCGGUAUGCUGGACAAGCAGCAGGCCAAGGAGUUGAAAGAAGCCGGAUUGACGGCAUACAACCACAACGUCGACACGUCAAGAGAACAUUACCCAAAUGUCAUCACCACCAGAAGCUACGAUGAGCGCCUACAGACACUGGAGAAUGUUCGUGAAGCAGGUAUUCACGUUUGCAGUGGUGGCAUUCUUGGACUCGGCGAAACUCCACGCACCGAUCACGUAGGACUCAUUCAUACGCUGGCCACGCUGCCUGAACACCCAGAAUCGUUCCCCGUCAACAAACUUGUUCCUAUCAAGGGAACACCGAUGUUCGGGCAAGAUCCUGUGAAGCUGGAGGAUAUGGUCAGAUGCAUCGCGACUGCACGCUUAGUCAUGCCAAAGACCAUCAUCAGAAUCGCAGCAGGAAGAGUCACCAUGCCAGAGAGCGAGCAGAUGCUUUGCUUCAUGGCAGGAGCCAAUGCAAUCUUCACAGGCGAGAAGAUGUUGACCACGGAGUGCAAUGGCUGGGAUGAGGACAAGGCCAUGUUUGAGCGUUGGGGUUUGAGCCCAAUGCAGACAGAGGCUAGCAAAGUCGUCGAAGAGCCCAAAUUUGAGGCUCAGAGCUUUUCGCACCUGCGGGAUGAGGAGAAGACUUCUUCGCAGCCUCAGGUGUAG